UGCGGUACCGGCUUCCUAUUGGAGGAGGGCCGCGUCGCUCGCCGGUCAGCCCGGGCUUUUGCCCCGCCCCCCCGGCAGGCGGAAGAGUCUCGCGCAGGACGGGGGUGCUUAGAACGCUGCUGUUAAUGGAAGAAUUCAUGUGUAAGUGCAGAACAAGAGCAGCAGUCUAAUCUGUGAGGAAAUGGCAGGAUUCUUGGACAACUUCCGGUGGCCAGAAUGUGAGUGUAUUGACUGGAGUGAAAGAAGAAAUGCCAUUGCUUCCAUAGUUGCUGGUGUAUUGUUUUUCACAGGUUGGUGGAUAAUGAUAGAUGCUGCAGUAGUUUACCCAAAGCCAGAGCAAAUGAACCACGCGUUCCAUACCUGUGGGGUGUUUUCAACACUAGCUUUUUUCAUGAUAAAUGCUGUAUCAAAUGCACAGGUGAGAGGAGACAGCUACAGUGAUGGAUGCUUAGGAAGAACAGGUGCUCGUGUUUGGCUCUUCAUUGGCUUUAUGCUGAUGUUUGGUUCACUCAUUGCUUCAAUGUGGAUUCUUUUUGGAGCAUAUGUUACACAGAACAUCAAUGUUUACCCUGGAUUAGCAGUGUUUUUCCAGAAUGCAUUGAUAUUUUUCAGUACUCUGAUCUACAAGUUUGGAAGAACAGAGGAGUUAUGGGGAUGAGAGAUCACAAUACAGCAUUGUCUAUUCCAUAGUUGCUCUGUUGUACUCUGUAUGUAGAUAUUUACGUUUAUUUGUUCUCGUUUUGCUUUCUAAAUAGUAUGAACUGAGACAAACUACGAUUUCUGUAAUAAGCUCCCUCUUUUCAUAGGACAGAUUUGUGAAUAUGUACAUAUGACUGUAUAUAUCUUAAAAAGGGAAAGUCAGGCUUUCUGAAAUCUUCAGGCUUAUUUCUUCAAAUACAUGAGUUUCCAUUGACUGUUAAGACUCGAUCUUCCAAACCUUCACACAUGUGAGAGGCUUCAGUUGAACUGCAAGUGAGUAAGCAGGAUGGAAGGGAUUGAUAUCUUUAUGCAUAGGUGAGCUAUUCCAGAUUAUUAAGAGCUGACAGUAAGGGCUGCUUGUAUACCUGGAGGGGAUUGGUAGCUCGUGGAAGUGACCUUUUAUUUCCCGAGGGUAAAUUCUACUGUAUGCUGAGUUAAGGGUUGAGUUUUAUGUUUUUCUGAACGGUUAUAUCCAAUUAAGCAGCUUUUGUGUGUGUGUAAAAGGUUAUGAGUUUUUAAACAAGACCCUAUUUUAAGUAGGUUCUGCAUGACCGAUCCAGCUGUACUUGAUUAGCAUUGCACAAAUGAAACUUGGUAGCAGCACGGAAUUUAUUUCUUGCUGUUCAGUGUAAUAGAUGCCAAUCAGUAUUUAUUGUACAUACUAGAAUUUCAAAAACCCUGCAACUGCUGCCAAUUGUUAAGGAAUAGAAAGAAUAGGUGAGAAUCAGACUGACAGCUUAAAAAUUAUGCUCAAAUAGAUUUUCUUCAGGGGAAGCUUUUUGUUGAGAAAUGAGUGGUUCUGCUGCCACCUAUUAUUACCUUAGGUAAUGGAACAGGUGAGUACUUCAGAUGGGAAUAUAGCAGAUUGCGUCAUUGCUAACAGUCUUACCUUGAAAUAAGUGCCAGUUUUAGGACUGUUGCUUGCCCCAGUUUAAAUGUAUUUAUGUUCCAAAUUUCGCAGGUAUUUUAUAGGGUAUUUUAUAGGAAUGUGUUCACUAUUGGAAUCCAUUUUCUUCGAGCUGGAGUAUACAGAAAGGAGAACAGCAGUGUUUUAUGGCUUUGGACUGAUGUUGUAUAUUCAUCUUGCUGUUGGUGACUUCCUUGUAAUUCUAUGUGUUUUUAAAGCAGUUGAAUCUACCUUGUGUCUGAAAGCUUUUAUAACUUUCCAUGUAUCAAGAUUGCUGACCAAGUGGCAUUAAACUUCAGAACGUAACAUACGUGCAUGGUUACUGCAUACCGUUAGUCAUCUAAUUGCUCCCUUGGGGGAAUCUUUCCAGUGAACAGAGUAUGAAGCAAAUACUGCAGCUGAAACUGUGCUACUGGCUAGACUAACUUCCAUCCUCAUUGUGUCAUCCUGCAGUGAGUUACCGUAUAUUCACUGGUGUUAAUCACAGCUUUGUACAUACAUUGUCUGGUUGGUUGUAAUUCCAGAAAAUUGCAAUAAACUUUAUCUUAUGUUCUCCAAAUAAUGAACAUCAGCAGAUAAUUGGGCAGUAGUAGUCUACUGAACAGCUGAAGUGAUUCAGACUUUUAAGAGAGUCUUGCAAAACCUCAUAUUUAAAACCAAGGUUUUUGUUUUCAUGUCUCCCACAUUCUCAUACAGGAGAAUGGUUGUUGGCUUUUCUAAGUGAGAAACAAAGGUAGCCUCUAACUAAUUCCAGUCUAUGUCUGACAUCUGACACUUGAACAGCACAAGCUGAGGUAAACGCUUCACUCUGGAAGAACUCUUCCAGUGUACCUUACUGUAAGUUUCUAGUUAAGAAACUUUUUUUAAGAGUACCCAGCAAAGUGCUUCUUUCUGAGGUUUUCUCUGUUUUCUGCCGGAAGCUCGCUUGCUGUCUGCAUAGCUGCUGAUAGGAGACACUGUAGAAGCUGCAUCUCUUCCAGCAGCUGAAGCUCAGAAUGUAUUUGGUGUAAGAAACAUGCGGAGAACAUGAAUGUGUGCUAACAUUAUUCAGAGUAACCCUAGGACUUCUACAGCAUGGAUUGUUCCAGCAGAGUCCAAGAUGAUCAGGAGUUGCACAUUGUAGGUUACACCUUGGCCUGCUACGGUUGGCAGUUAUGAAGCUUAUCUUUGAGUUCACCCUAACAGUUUUUGUUCUGGUGGCCUAUUUGUGCAACUAAGAAAUAGUAAAUAACCCUCCAUAAGAGAAGUCUAGUAUGUAGUCUCUGUACAGUGUACUUAGCAAGUUGUAUUCUGUACUGCCAGAUACUCACCCGAGUGCUUAAACAGCUAUUUGUGUCCUGCCUUAUGCACGUAGGCUGUUCCUGUGGGGAGCCUGUGGUUAUCUGUUUACGUUACCACGUGCAAAAAUACAGAUGAAGGGAAGGAGCAGAUACUCUGUAGCUUGUGGCUGAUUUGCAAGUUCAUAAUGGGGCUUGAAGUAGACUAAGUCUUCAGGUAACUCUACUAUCUUAGCAUGGUGUGUGAUUUAAGGGAUUAGAUUACUUCUACUAGGACACAGAAUGAGGAAGUUUUUGGGAAAUGCUGCUUAAUUUUGAUGCUAGUCGUGUGUCUUCCCAGAAGGGGAGGGAAUGGCAGCAGCUGAGAUAACUUCUAGCUGUGGCACUGACUGAUAACCUGCAUCUGUUUCAGCAGCAUACUUCAUUAAUAGGUCUGAGAAUCCAAGCAAGCCACACGCAAACAAACAACCAAGCACAUCUAUUUUAUUUUUUAAAACAACUUGUGUCAAACAUUAAAAAAGUCACAUUUUUUUAAUGGAAUAAACCCUGUUUCUUUACUGUAGAAGUGGUUACUUUUGUGUUAUGAGACACCUUUCAGAUCCCAUGGGAUUAUUACAUGAGGCUUAAUUUGUGGUCUGCUGUUUCUGCUUUGAGAUACUGAAACCACAACUCCCAGUCAGCUGGGCACUUACACAACUGGACUGCUAGAGAGCAUUAGUGUCUCACCAUUAUCAAGAUAUUUUAUAUAACUUCUGAGCAAAAUAAGUUUUAUUGCUGUGAAGAAUACAAUCGUCUCACUGUAGGAACAGAUUAAUGCUUUUUAUCACUGUGUGAAGAUACACAGAUCCAAGGGAGAUGCAAUUAACUGCCCUUUGCCUUUGUUGGAGUAGUUCUUUGCAUGGAUUCACAAUGAGGAGGAUUAAGUACCAUGAAGUUUCUUUCUAGACUGUCAUUUUUGGCUGAAGCAGCAGUCAUGGAAGACAAAUUUAAAGCAAAUUGGGAAAGCAUGUUGGAUUGGAUAUAAUACACUCAGGGGACAACACAGACUUCACAAAUAAAGUAACAAAAUAAAAGCCGCUAUAAAAUUA